AUGGUCCUCUCAUUUAUCCUGGUUCAGAAUCGCCAGGGGAAAACGCGCCUGGCAAAAUGGUAUUCACCGUACAGUGUCCAUCGCCUCGUCGCUCCCCGAGAUCAGAAAUACCAGUCCAACUUUGUCGAGUUCCGCCGGAGUACCAAAGUCGUCUACCGAAGAUAUGCUGGAUUGUUCUUUUGCGUCUGCGUCGAUGCGAAUGACAACGAGUUAGCCUAUCUCGAGGCUAUCCAUUUCUUUGUCGAAGUGCUGGACCAAUUCUUUGGCAAUGUGUGCGAGCUGGAUUUGGUCUUCAAUUUCUACAAGGUCUACGCUAUCCUAGACGAAGUCUUUCUCGCAGGCGAGAUUCAAGAGACAAGCAAACAGGUCGUUCUCACACGAUUGGAACACCUGGACAAGUUGGAGUAG